AUGGGUGAAAACCUUGAAUGCUUUCAACAGAGUGUUUGCAUUAAUUCCUUCUUUGUUUUGAUUUUCAUGCUGCGCUUCCUGAUGGUGCUGGACUUUGUCAUCUCCCCAGGAGAUCUAGGUCCAGCUGGUCCUGGUAUUUUUGAUGACGGGUUUGACAAAAGUGUAUACCAAGGAGAUCCUGGACCAUCAGGGCCACCUGGCUCUCCAGGAAGACCAGGAUCCAUGGGCUUUUCCGGUACCCUCGGCCAGCCAGGACCCAAGGGGCCCAAAGGCCAAGCUGGCCAGCUGGGUCACCAUGGCCCAGUUGGUCCCCCUGGACCUCCUGGAGAAUCCGGCAGACCCGGGCAAUGUGGAAUCACCGGAGACCAAGGUCCUCCUGGAGAACAAGGGCCACCAGGAGAUCUGAGACUUUGCACUCCGACCCCUGGUGGGUUUCUGAUUGUGGUGCACAGCCAGUCAGACAGAAUACCUACAUGUCCUCAAAACAUGCAAAGCCUUUGGGAAGGAUACAGUUUGUUUUAUCUGGAGGGCCAGGGGAAGUCUCAUAGUCAAGAUCUUGGUCUAGCGGGCUCUUGCCUGCCAAUGUUCAGUACUGUGCCAUUUGCAUAUUGCAGCAUUGAUGAAGUUUGCCACUAUGCCACUAGAAACGACAAAUCCUACUGGUUGUCCACCACGGCGCCUCUCCCCAUGAUGCCUCUCGCUGAUAGUGAGGUAGAGCCUCACAUCAGCAGGUGCUCUGUCUGUGAGGCACCUUCUGUCGCAGUGGCUGUACACAGCCAGGACCAGGCUAUCCCUCCUUGCCCCUCAGGAUGGAUCAGCCUAUGGAUUGGAUAUUCAUUCUUGAUGCUUACUGGAUCUGGUGCAGAAGGUGGGGGUCAGUCUCUAACAUCACCUGGGAGCUGCCUAGAGGAUUUCCGCUCGACACCAUUCAUCGAGUGCCAAGGGGCACGUGGCACCUGCCACUACUUUUCAGAUAAAUACAGCUUCUGGCUGACAACUGUGCAACCACACCACCAGUUCGGACUAAAUGCCCCUUCAGAAACUCUGAAGACCGAGCAACUGCAAAGGCAAAGUGUCAGCAGAUGUCAAGUUUGUUUGAAAAACAACUGAUUUCAACUGCAUUGGAAUUCAACACGAUAAAACAAAAUGGUAAAAUGUUUUACCAAAAAGGAAGACGGCAAUUCAUGCCUAAUGUAUAAUGGUGCUUAUUUAAUUUCUUUCUAAGUUCACCUUCAACUACAUCUGAUUAGAGAUAUCUGUCAGGACAAUGUAGAAAUUACACUGGCACGAGCAUGCUUAUGAUAAUCAAUACAUUAAAAGUAGAAACUAUGGAAAUUAAAUUUUAUAUGAAAUGUACAGCUGCUUAUUGACGUCAUCAGUGCAAUUUAACUUAUAGAUAUGUAAAAUUAUUUUUUUAAAUGUUGAGUUAUUUUCUGCCACCUGGUCUUAGCAGAAAGUUGUGAAACUAAGAUGAUGAGAAAUAUCCACAGAACAUUCACUACUGGGCAUUUUAAAACUUACUGUAAUAUAUCACAAUUAGAAUCAAUAGCCCCAGGAAUAACUCAGGCAUGUUUGAAUAGGGUUUGAGUGGGAUAGCACUCAAUUUGAAAUUGAGCGCACAUCUGAUUGUUGUGGUCUGUCUGUACCAGUUCUUACUGAUACGUCUUCUGGGCAGAACAUUAAAUACACUACUGGAAGGAUUGGUGUGGGUCUGAAUAGUACAAUCUCAACUGUAGCAUUUUCCAAGGAUGAAAGUUGAAGGAAGCAUAAAGGGCCUGUCCUACUUUCAAGACCUAAUUCACGACCUCUGCCGAGUUUGCCCUUGACUCAUACUCGCAGCUUGGUCGUCACGAGGUCGUAGGUAGGUUGUAGCAGGCAGUGAUACUAUUCGUAGGUACUCGUCGCAUCAAGUAGGUCGGGGCGUUUGUUCUAGGAUGGUGAAAAAUAUCCACGAGUAAAAAAGGUUGUGAAUUAGGUUGUGAGAGUGGGACAGGCCCUUAAGUUGUUGAAUGCACCAGAUAAGUUUUGUAAUGGAUUUGGGCAGUCAUGGGUGGCACCACAAUUUGUUGAGACAUCUUUUGAUGCACAGCUGGGAAGAAUAAACAUGCUGCAAUAAUGAAGUUGUUACUGGUAGUGGCCAUUGAAGUUACAGCUGCAUUGUGCUACAGUCCUAUCAAUUGUGCUUCAAUGCAGGAUGUGUGUUAAUCACCAAUUUAGGUCAGGAAAGGUAUAUAUCCAUUGCAGCCUGGUGGGCAGAGUAUUCAGCUUCCUACACAAUUCUUAUUUUCAGCACACUCCUUUAGAAGAAUGCAUAACUUCUAAGAGUUAUGCCUCAUUAGUUUUUUGUGCACUAUUCUGCAUGGCAACAAAAUCACAAAAAGAUGUGCGUGUCCUUGAUGGAUGGGUUUGUCUAUCAUCUAUUAUGGUCACAAUCUUCAUUUUUUUUUGUGUCUGAUUUUAUUGAUUUCCUACUAGUUUUCAUGACCAAAAUUGGACCGCUUUUUAGGUGAACUCAGUCUGUUACUGUCAUUGGUCACCUCUGAUACAGGAGGAUACAGAAUACAAAUGACCAUGAAAGGAGACUUACCAAUUCCUUGUUGACUACUACCGAACAGGAAGCAAUUAGUCCUGUGUAGGAAGGAACUGCAGGUGCUGGUUUACACCGAAGAUAGACACAAAAUGCUGGAGUAACUCAGUGGGUCAGGCAGCAUCUCUGGAGAAAAGGAAUAGGUGACGUUUCAGGUUGAGAUCCUUCUUCAGACAAUUAGUCAUGUUCCAACAUCAUUGUUAUUAAUGAUGGAAUGAGCUUGACCUCACGGUAAACUGGUGAAGAAUUUGCAACCGCCCAGUUAAUUUUCAGCAGUGAAUGAAAUACAAUCAUCGUCAUGCUUAGCCAUGUCCUUUGUACAUUGUCAUUAACUACUACCUCUUCUCUCUGCCAGGCCCAUCAUAGCAAUUGGUAGAUCCCCUGGUGAUGAAUCGUCAGUGGAGCAGGUUCAUUCCGAGGAGAAUCUGUCACCAUGGCCCAGUGUGGUCACGUCUUGGUGCAGUCAGCUAGGUAGUAAGUUGUGACGUCAUCUUGCAUUUCACACAAGCAGACAGUAGUAACAUCCGCAAAUAGAGGAAUCCACAUUAGAGCCACAAUCUUCUGCAAGUUCCGCACAACUAGUCUCUGAUACUGAAUCCCGGGGGGGGAUCCUAAGCCAGCUGGUGAUGGGAAUAGGCCCGGAAGCAUCAAAUACAGCAGGAAAAAAUGAUCAUGGCAGCACUCUAGAAACCUGGCACAUAUCAGUGUAAAUCGAGGUGGGCUGUAAAGGAUUCAACACGUACAGAGGAUAAUGAGAAUGCUUGCCUGGAGCCAAUGCAGCAUGCAGCUGUGGAAAUCUACCCAGAAAAUGGAAAACUGAGCAGCAACCUACUGAACAAUCUGAAGAAGGGACCCAAUCCAAAACGUCACCCGUUCAUUCCCUCCGCAGAUGCUGCCUGACCCGCUGAGUUCCUCCAGUGCUUGGUGUUUUGCUCAGGAUUCCAGCAUCUGCAAUUUCUUGUGACUCUAUCUACUCUGGCCGGGGCAUCAUUCACACAGCUGCCUGCCCUGGCAAUCUAUCCAUCAGUGAUCUAUCUCAGGUACUUACAUACAGUCAAUGGGAAUAUCCUGGGAAUGCCUCCACCAGCUUUCUGCAGGGACCCACAGGCAAAAUAGUCAAGGACAGACAUUGGCAAUAUGCGACUAACAAGAUUUUACGGCACAGAUUAUAUUUUAUAAAGAUGCAAAGAUAUACCAAUACUGCAAGGUAUUCUCCCUACAACACUUGACCCUGCCCCUCCUCUAUCACCGUUAUCCAGGGACCUAACAGUCUUUUAGGUGAGGCUGAGGUUCACAAGCACAUCCUCCAACCUGAUCGAUUGCAGUCUGUGGUCAAGAUGUGGCCUCCACUAUAUUGGAGAGAUCAAGCCUAGACUAGGUGACUACUUUGCUGAGCACUUGCGAUCGGCCUGCAAUGACUAUCGUUGAGUUUCCAGUUGCACGUCGUUUCAAUUCUCCUUCCCAGUCCCACACCAACCUUUCUUCUUCUUCUUGCAUAUGGCGUGAAAGUUGCAAUCUCCCACCCCACCAACCCUUCUGACCUCAGCCUUCUCCUCUGUCACACUGAGCUCAAAUGCAAGCUAGAAGAACAGCACUUUGUGUUCUGUUUCGGGGGCCUGCAACCCAAAGGUAUGAAGAUUGAAUUUCCCCAUUUCAGGUACCCCACACCUCCUGCAUUUCUACCCGCACCUACUAGCCUCCAUCUCAACCUUGUCCCCUGCCCUGCCCCAACAGGGACCAUUUGCCAAACAUUUCUCCCACUCACACCCCCAAAAAAGCUGGCUUUACCCAUUGCCUCCAAGCCUGUGUUUCACCUUCCUUCUCA